CAGUAAAAAAUAUGGCGACGGAGGUCAGUUUGUUUUCGCACAUGAGUUUUGCCUGAGAUUUCGACGAAUGUGGGGAAUUUGUUAGAGAUAUUUCCACCAUGUCACACAGCUAUUACGGAAAGCAGUGGGUGGAGUCCCAAGGGGGCAUACUUGACCUAUUGGAGAUUGAACUACCACCUGAGCCUGCCAAACCAGAAAAGGACCGUAUUGCAGCUUUUCAAAUGUUUGCUGUUAUGUACAUCAAAUAUAUUCAGAUAUUUAGAAAAAUUGAGGAAUGCUAUGAUCAGGUUGUUCAUCCCCAAAAAAGAAGAGUCCUUCGGCAUUUACUUGAUGGAAUCAUGGGAAGGAUUUUGGAACUAAAGAAUGAAAUGGUGCUUUUGGAAUACUCAGAGUAUCAUUAUUUUGAUGAUGUACUGUCUGAUCUCAAACUCACACCAGAAGACAUAGAAAUUCCUAUUCCAAAAUACUUUACGUAUGAGAACUCUAAAGUGCUGCAAGAACGAGAAAAGAUGCUUGGAGGAAUACUGGCAAAGAUGGGACCUCAAGAAACUACACCUCAAAAAGAAGAGAUACAGAUGACACUUGAUGAUGCAAUCAGACUAAUUCAGGUUCAUGAGAGGGCUAGACAAGGAAGGCUGAGAGCAAAAUUCAUGAGAGAAAUCAGACAACAAGAAGAAAGAGAACGGCAGGCACAGUUACGUGGAGCUCCGACCAUGGAUCCUGAUGUUGCAGCAACAAAAAUUCAAAAGGUUUGGAAAGGCUAUUCACAGAGGAGAAAAACCAAGAAAAUGAGAGAAGAGGAAUUGAUAUUUGUGGGAAUGGCUGCUCCUCCUGAUCCACAGGAUUGGAAAGACACACCCAUGUAUUUAGCCAACAAAACUGAGGAGCAUAGAAGAGUUGUACAAGAGGAACAUGAGAGGGAAUACCAACAGGCACUUGUAUCUAUUAAAGAGAAGAUUCGUGAAAUUGAAGGACCAGACAUGAAAGAAAACAUGCAGGAUCAGAUCAGACAGUGGUUUAUUGAGUGCAGGGAUAAGACAGGCAAGUUCCCUGAUUAUCCAGAUGAUGAUGAAGGAGGUUCAGCUGCUAUAUUUAAAGAAAAGGAUCCUUUGGAGAUGGAGAAGGAAGAGGGACAAAAGGACGAAGAUGGAGGGAAGAAGAAAAAAGGAAAGAAGGGAAAUAAAGACAAGAAAGAGAAAAAAGACAAAAAGGACAAAAAGGGGAAGAAAGGCAAAGGGAAAGGAAAGGGAGGUGAUGAGGAGGAAGAGGAAGGAAUCAAAAUGCAAGUUUCAAACUUUGUACCAACUGUGAAUGAGGCAGCUGCUACAUACAAAGAUGUGUGGCAGUUCAGAGAUGAGAUAAACAAUUUUGAGCAGAAGCAUGAUGCAGAAUUGAUCAAGGAGGCUAAAAGAAUUGAAGUUGACGAGGAAAUUCGGAAGCAGGUCGACGAACUGAUGCGACAAGAGCUGAAAAACCUGAAAAUGGCUGUCGAUAGAGAGAAAGGAGGUAAAAAAGGCAAGAAAGGAAAGAAAAGUGGAAAGAAAAGCGGCAAAAAGAAAAAGAAGAAGAGUGGGAAGAAAAGCGGAAAGAAGGGAAAGAAAAAGAAGAAGGAAAAGGAUUUAACGUCUGAUAGAACCAUGGAGUCGCUUUACGAAGAACUGGUCCAUGAAGGGAUUUUAGUGCGAGCUCCAAGGAUAAGACUUAGUGAAUACACUGGAGAAUACAGUUACCUUGGCACUACUCUCCGUCAAGCAAACAUUGAACCUAUGCCGUCCAUAUCUGAUGUGAGAAGAGUCAUCACGGAAUUUGCUAUAUUACCAUUAGGAUCCCAAGCCGUACACGAGAAAGCGCCUUUCGUUAAGUCUGUUCUGAUUGCUGGCCCGCGAGGUGUGGGAAAGAAAAUGUUGGUGCAUUGUAUCUGUACGGAGACUGGGGCCAACAUGUUCGACUUGACCGCUGCCAACAUCGCGGGCAAAUAUCCCGGGAAGGCUGGGCUCCAGAUGAUGAUGCAUAUGGUAUUUAAGGUGGCCCGUCAGCUACAGCCGUCGGUUGUGUACAUUGGAGAUGCCGAGAGAACCUUUGUUAAAAAAGUUCCCAAGACUGACAAGACCGACCCCAAGCGACUGAAGAAAGAUUUACCGAAGAUUUUGAAAACUCUUAAACCUGAAGAUCGAGUGCUUAUUGUGGGAACCUCGCGAAUGCCUUUCGAUGGUGAGAUCAAACCAUUCUGCGGCAUGUACCAGAAGAUUCUGCUUCUGCCAAGACCUGACUAUGCUUCAAGAUUCUUGCUGUGGAAAACGCUGGUCGCAAGGUACGGUGGGCGCGUCACGGAGGCGUUAGAUGCGAGUUCGCUGGCCAAGAUAACUGACGGCUACACACCAGGUCACAUGGUACAGGCCAUUCAACAGAUUCUUACCGAGAGACGCAUUCAGCAGCUGUCGAAGAGACCCUUGACAGCAGUGGAGUUUGUAGCGCCUUUGGCUCGUAUCGACCCAAUUUACAAAGAGGAAGAGGAAGCUUUCAAGACAUGGUACGCAAAGACACCGCUAGGAAAAAAACGAGCGAAGGCUGCGGCAGGGGAUGACGAGGGAGACAAAAAGGGAAAGAAAGGAGGAAAGAAAGGAGGCAAGAAAAAGAAGAAAUAAAGUCAUUCAAACAAAGUGAGAGGAAGGAAAGAGUUCUGGAAGUCAAGA